AGGAGUUGGGGCUCUGCUGUUUGCGUCCUUGCUCGGCCUCCGGAGAUGAAUUACAAUUUAGAAAUGGAGACUGAAGAAUUAGAUGCCAGGAAGUUGACAAUUGAUUCCAUAAUGAACAAAGUAAGAGAUAUUAAAAAUAAGAUAAAGGAAGACCUUACCGAUGAGCUGAGCUCGAAUAAAAUCUGUGCUGAUCCUACAGAAACGGUUAACCAAAUUAUGAUGAUGGCGAACACCCCAGAGAACUGGUUGAAUUUCUUGCUGAAACUAGAGAAGAACAGUGUCCCCCUAAAUGAUGCUUUUUUAAAUAAGUUGAUCGGUCGCUACAGUCAAGCAAUUGAAGCCCUUCCUCCAGAUAAAUAUGGCCAGAACGAGAGCUUUGCUCGAAUCCAAGUCAGACUUGCCGAAUUAAAAGCUAUUCAAGAACCUGAUGAUGCCCAUGACUACUUUCAAAUGGCCAGAGAAAACUGCAAGAAGUUUGCUUUUGUGCAUGUGUCUUUUGCACAGUUUGAACUGUCUCAAGGCAAUCUUAAAAAAAGCGAACAGCUUCUUCAUAAAGCUGUAGAAAGCGGAGCAGUGCCGCUGCAGAUGCUGGAGAUAGCCAUACGCAACUUACACCUCCAGAAGAAGCAGCUCCUGUCAGAGGAGGACAAGAAGAGUUUGUCAGCAUCUACAGUACUAACUGCCCAAGAAUCAUUCUCUAGUUCCCUUGGAAAUCUACAGAAUAGGAACAUGAGUUGUGAUUCCAGAGGACAGCCUGCUAUAGCCAGGAUUUUAUAUGGAGAGAACAUACCUCCACAAGAUGCAGAAAUAAGUCAUCGAAAUCCCUUAAAACAAACUAACAAAGCUAAACCAUCAUGUCCCUUUGGAAGAGUCCCGGUUAACCUUCUGAAUAGCCCAGAUUAUCAUGUGAAGACAGAUGGUUCAGCUUUGCCAAAUUUUUCAAAAAGAAAGAUAUCCGGAUCAGAUUCCCGAGAUUCAAUUAUUCCUGGAUCCAAACCAAGUGGAAAUGAUUCCUGUGAAUUGAGAACUUUAAAGCCCAUUCAAAGUGUCCAUUUCAAAGACUCUCUGGUGUCCAAUGAAAAAAGUUCUGAGCUUAUUUCUGAUUUAGUAAUCUUGAAGAGUAAAACUGAAUCAAGUCUUCUAACAAAAUUGGAAGAAACUAAAGUACGUCAAGAACCAGAAGUUGCAGAAAGAAAGCACAAACCAUGGCAGUCCACAAGAAAGUCUGAGAGUAUGAGCCAAAACCAGUGGCACAUUCCGGAUGUUACCCCUAAGACUCAGAAAGAGAAGUGUCCCACUGUUGAGCAGCUUGGCUUACCAGUUUCAAAGCAGUCGCCUCCGAUGUCAGUUCCUAAAUGGAUUGAUCCUAAGUCUGUCUGUGAGACACCCAGUAGUAAUUCCAUGGAUGAUUACAUGAGCUGUUUUAGGACUCCAGUUGUGAAGAAGGACUUUCCACCUGCCUGCCCAUUAUCGACACCUUACAGCCAGCCUGCCUGCCUGCAGCAGCAACAGCAGCAAGGACUCAGUACUCCUCUUCAAAACUUACAGGUUUCAGGAUCCUCAACGAUAAAUGAAUGCAUUUCUGUUAAAGGAAGAAUUUAUUCCAUAUUAAAACAGAUAGGCAGUGGAGGUUCCAGUAAGGUAUUUCAGGUAUUGAGUGAAAAGAAGCAUAUAUAUGCAAUCAAAUAUGUGAACCUAGAAGAUGCAGAUAAGGAAACUAUUGACAGUUACCGGAAUGAGAUAGCUUAUUUGAACAAACUACAGCAACACAGUGAUAAGAUCAUCCGACUCUAUGAUUAUGAAAUCACAGAGCGGUACAUCUACUUGGUAAUGGAAUGUGGAAACAUUGACCUGAAUAGUUGGCUUAAAAAGAAAAAAUCCAUCAAUCCAUGGGAACGCAAGAGCUACUGGAAAAACAUGUUGGAAGCAGUACACACAAUCCAUCAGCAUGGCAUUGUUCAUAGUGAUCUGAAGCCUGCUAAUUUUCUAAUAGUUGAAGGAAUGCUGAAGCUAAUUGAUUUUGGGAUUGCAAACCAAAUGCAGCCAGAUACAACAAGCAUAGUUAAAGAUUCUCAGGUUGGUACAGUUAAUUACAUGCCUCCAGAAGCAAUCAGAGACAUGUCUUCUUCAAGAGAACAUGGGAAAGUCAAGACCAAGAUAAGCCCCAGAAGUGAUGUUUGGUCCUUGGGGUGCAUUUUGUACUAUAUGACUUAUGGGAAAACCCCAUUCCAGCAUAUCAUUAAUCAGCUCUCUAAACUACAUGCCAUAAUUGACCCUAAUCAUGAAAUUGAAUUUCCUGAUAUUCCAGAAAAAGAUCUUCAAGACGUGCUAAAGCGCUGUUUAGUAAGGGACCCUAAAGAGAGGAUCUCCAUCCCCGAGCUGCUCGCACAUCCGUAUGUUCAGAUUCAACCCCAUUCAGGCAGCCAAGUGGCUAGGAAAACCAGUGAUGAAAUGAAAUAUGUUCUGAGCCAGCUUGUUGGUCUGAAUUCUCCUAACUCCAUUUUGAAAACUGCCAAAACUCUCUAUGAACGCUAUAAUUGUGGUGAAAGUCAAGAUUCUUCAUCAUCCAAGACAUUUAACAAAAAGGCAGAAGGAAAUUGAUGUACAGCUACUCACAAACCAAAAACACUAAAUCUGUCCAUCUGCUAUACUCUUGAAUCGCCACGGAAAUCUACCUUAGGAAACAAACUUGCCUGAAUUUCUUCAGUAAAAAUCUUUGUAAAUUAUCCUCUAAGAAAACUGUAAAGCUAACCACUGUGUUAGAUUAUAUAGUUGUGCUUUUGUUUUCUGUUUUUCUGUAAAUCUAAUCGGUCUGGUAACAUUUCAUACGGAGCGGGGGACUCUGGACUGUUGAUGAUAUCUGUAAAUAGAGACGACCUCUUACUCUGAA